AUGAAGUUACGAAAGAAAUCCUACGAUACCUGUGCGGUCGAAGGCGGCGGGGACGAAGAUGCCACCGCCGCCACGGACGCUUCGACACAGCCUCCGACAACAACUAGCAUAGACCCCGCGUUGAUGAAGAGUCUUCAAAAGCGCAUGAAGGUGAUUUUGAAAGAACCAACCAACAAGGUGUGCUCGGAAUGCAAAUCGAAAAAACCCAAAUGGAUGUCCUUACUACAAGCACCCAUUGAUGCCGAUCGACGAAAAUUGGGGGUCUUGUGCUGCAGUGAUUGUCAAGAGUACCAUGCGGCACUGGGGGAAGAACUCUGUAUUCUCAAGAGUCUCAAAGUACCAGAAGAGUGGACCGAAGAAGACAUUGUGACAUUGGAAAAGAGUGGCAAUGCGGUAGUGAAUGCGAUUUAUCAGUCGGCAUUGGAGGGGAAACACACGGACAAACACAUUGGUCAAUUGGCAUCGAAAGCAUUUGUGGAAUCGAAGUACAAAAAUUGCGCCUACUUUAGUGAAGACACGUUUCACGAACAAAUGGAAUUGCGCGCCAAACUGUUGGCGGAACAACAACAAUUGCAAAAUGCAGCGCAUGCCGAAGCCGCCGAUGAUGCCCCACCGUCCACCAGCGAUUUACUCCAAAAGGCAUUCAAACGACAAACUGCACUCAAAGAAGAACAAGCUGUUUCCGAACAAGAUGAGAAUGCCAUUCUAGAGUUGGCCGCCGAAGGCACGGAUCGAUCCGUAUUGGAAGCCAUGUUUUCCGCUGAAAUCGUUUCCAAAGUAUUGGGAGGAGGCAUCGAAGACGAGAUUGACGAAGAAGAAGAAGACGAUUGCUAUACAGAAGACGUGGUGGAAGAAUUACCCCAACAUUCCAGUCGAGGACCACCGCCACAUCGGGGUGGUCCUGCGUUACGACGAGCGUCCACGGCACAGGGACGCAUGGCGGGAGGUGGUGCUGGUCGAAGAGCAUCCAUUGCCAAUGGCCACACGACUAGAGCACAAUCACCCCCUCGACGCGGCACUGUCCGACGGGCACAUUCCAGCGACGGUUCGUCUCCCAUCAAAGGCGGCGGCGGCGAUCGUCGCAAGAGUACCAUUCGUCGUACACUAUCGCACGAUGGAAACCCUUCCACGGGACGUUCCAGUCGUCGUCUUACCGUUACAGGUGCAUCAUCAUCGUCCAGAACACAACCCAACAAUCAUAAAUUGCCCGAUCGGCGGGCGCUCUUGUCGGGAUCCAGUCGACGACAAAGUGUACGACGAUUGUCGGCCAUUGAUACUACCGCGGCGCGACGGAUCGCCGGAGGAGCACGGUCCGUGUCAUCCGAAGGGUCGUCGGAACAACCACCAAAGAGCGGUCAUCGACGGACGGCCAGUGGGGAUCACUCCAUGGGAAGUGGCAGCAAUCAUCGACGAACCCAUCACAAAAAGAACCCAUCACAAAAAAGCGAAGAUCCUCGCAAACGGUUGCGCAAAAAAUCAACCAGUGCCCCGGAACAACAUGUCGAGCAUACGAGUUGGAGUCGAGGACCGUCAAAGCCAAGUAGCAGUAGUAGUGGUGGGGGAGGAGAACAUAGACGAAAACACGACGAGGAACAUCAUCACAAAUCCAAACCAAGGAGAGGAUCUCGAUCGGAACGGUCUACGGCCAGUCAAGGGAGUACCCGAUCCAAGAGAUCGGUUCCUGAAAGCACGUGGCGUCGUGGUGGUGGUAGUAACAACGAAAAUGCUCCGGUUAAGACACCCGUCCAAAGAACCUUGUCCAAAGAAAAAUCCUCGCGUACCAUGAAACGAGCAGGAAGUAACAGAGCUCUUACCGUAAGUGGCAAAAAGAGUCCCAGUCGACGAUCGCUGCUGGAGGAUCGUGGGUCCAGUCAUUCGCGACAUUCCCGUCACAAACGAUUGUCACCCGUGCGAGAUCAAGAUGUCUCCGAAUCCAAUGAUUCCUUUGCGGAUCCGGCGUCUCCUCGCAAGAAGAAAAAUCACAAAAACAACAACAAUGAUGAUGACAAUAAUGACAAUGAUGAUGACAAUGAUGAUUUUGAGGAUCAUGGAUUUCCAUCCAUGCCAGCCGACGAUGACGGAUUUCCACCCAUGCCGGCCGAUGACGAUGGAUUUCCCGCCAUGCAGACGGACACUGAUGGAUUCCCGUCCAUGAAAGCCGACAAUGAUGGGUUUCCCAUGAUGGGAGCGGACGAUGAUGGAUUUCCAAUGCCGGCGGAUCCAUUUACGAACGAUCACACAUCACCACCACAAUAA